AUGCAUGAAUGCGACACGCUCGCCAAAAAUGACUGGAGCCGUAAUGCUGGUUGCAGGCGGCUGAAGGCGGAGCUGCAGCAGCUGCGUCGGCGCGGGGCGCUGCGCGCGGGCGAGGCGGCCAGUGAGUCGGGCGCCGCGGCCCCCGGAGGCUCGCCCGCCACCAGCCUGGUGGGCUCUGGCCGCGCCUGCGCCCGCUGCCGCGCGCCGCUCGGCCGCCUCGUCAACCGCGGCGCGCCCUGCAGGGCCUGCCGGCUGCUCGUCUGCCGCGCCUGCAGGCACUACCUCGAGCGCUCCCCGGACUGGGUCUGCUCCGUCUGCCACAAGCACAUGGAGAUCCAGGCGGCGACGGGGGAGUGGAUGAACGAGUACGUGCGGCGGCCCAGCAGGAGGAGGGAUAACCGCGUCUACGUGCCGCCCGCAGACGUCGUCAAGCGCAGCAUCCGCCGCUCCUGGACUAUCUCCAAUCCAUCAUCGAGGUGGUCAGCUACUCGAGGCUCUCCGGAACUUAGAGCGUACAACAGUCUUCCGCGCCACCAAGAAUGCUGCUACACUUCGCUAAACCACGUACCGAGGGACAAGUCGCCGUCGUAUCCGAGGGAUGAGAGCGGCGCCUGCGGAUCUCCGCGUUCCCGCGACAGCCAGCAGUCCCAAUCCCAAAAGUACAGCCUCCCAGACGACGAAGAUACGACCGAACGAUCCCCGACUAGAUCGCCGCCGGCUGCGGACUUAGAGGACCGCCCUGCGGCGGUGGCGACAACGACGACGAGCCAGACAGCCGAGCAGAGUCCACCGGCCGGCACGUUCAGAGACAGGAUGUCCAACUCGCCCGCGCUCAGCGCCCGAGUCCGCAGGCAGCAGUACUUCAGCUCGAGGAGCGACGACGACGCCGAGUUCCAGAGCAGGUACCUGCAGAACCACGUCCUGAAGCAGCACCGCGCAGACGUAGGCCGCCAGAAGUCGGACGACUACGUCGCGGGCAGCGCGCCGGAGGACAAGUCGUCCUCGCCGGGCAGCAGCCCCAGCGUCCAGGAGAGUAGGCUGGCCGCCGUGCGAGACCUCAGGGACGUCACGUCGUCCUCGACGAGCCACAGCAGCCGAGAGGUGUCGCCGCUCACCAGGAGGCACCAGAGCUUCGACGUCGUGGACAGGCCGCAGUCGAGGACCGUGUCGCUGCUGCAGCACCGGCACUCCUCCGUGGACCGCGGCGGCGAGGCGGCGGCCCCCGCGUCGCCCCACCGGCGCUACUUCCUCGUCGGGCAGGACGCGCCCCACUCGAGGCACUCGCUGCUCGGGGACUACGUGUCGUCGACGCUCGAGUACAGCGGCAACAGCGACAGCGGAGGCGAGAUCGUGGCGACGCCGCCCCCGCACGGCCGCCGCUACGGCGGCGCCAGGGACGACACCUCGUCGCUGUCCUCGCACAAGGCUGACGGCUCGCCGGUGCACGCCAGCUCGGGCGACGAUUUCGACGUCGAGCCGAUAAGCGGGACGGUCUUCCGCAAAGUAACUGUCAAGAAGAGAAGGCAGGAGACUCGUAGGGUGCUCGACAACGGGUUGUCUGAAAAUGAAAUUCUGGAGCUUUUAAAGGUGAUAGAUCCAAAUAUGUCGGAUGCAGAAUGGUCUGAAGAUGAAGACGAUGCUGAUUUAACAGUCCAGGCUGUAGCUUUCGCAGCGGAUGAGGCAAAAUGGACAUCAAGGAUAAUACACCAUUUCGUGGACAUUGCCAUAGCUGCUGUACAGAAAGAAUGCUAUCCACAUUAA